AUGCGAUUCCGUGCUGCGCUCCGCUGGGGGCCGGGCCUUGGAGGAGGCGAACUGCGCCGGAAGCAGCAGUCGUGGGGUCCUCAGCGCCGGCUGCGACCUGCUGCACCGGGCCUCGUGGUGCUCCUCAGGCUCCCGCCGAGUCUACGUCUCUGCAGGGCAGUGAACCAUCCUGCCCAGAACCUUAUCCUCACAGCGCAGUUUGACGCAGUCUCCCGGAAGGCCCGCUGCAGGGGCGGGUGCUUGCAGAUUCCUCCAGGGCCCCCUGCAGGCCCUGCCGGCGCCCCCGCGCCCACCCACGGGGCCAGGGAGAUCCGCAGCCGUCUCAGGCUCCCCCUGUCACCCCGGCCCUGCGAAGCGCGUGUGCGCCCCUUAGUUCUCCUAGCCGCCGGGAGCCACCUCCUCCCCUACCCUGCCCCUGGGGGCGCCAUGCCCGAGGAACGCUGGGCAGAGGCGAAGGAACCGGGAAACGUCCCUUUCUCCACACUGUCCUUGGGGUCCGCCGGGUCCUCUCCACUCCCUCUGCCCUUCCCGCACUGUUCCCUGGGGCCUGCAGUUUCAGCAAAGUUCCUGCAGUGCCGAGAAGCCGUCCUGUUGCCCACUCUCACCCUUCCUCCUUUUCUGGCCCAUCUGUCUCCCCACUGGGUCUCCAACACGACCCCCUCUCCUCCCUGCUGUCCCCGGAGCCCCUCUCUGCUUCCCCAGCUCAGCCCCCUCUCUGACCGCUUCUCCCUCCCACCCUCCACCAAAUCUCCCAGCUCUCACGGGGUGUCCCCAAUCCCCGGGCUCCUCCCGCGGUCCCCGUGGCUGGGGAAGGAACCAUCGUUCCCGGGAUUCCAGGUCGCGCAGAUCGGGCAGGGCCAUCGCUGUCCCCUUGCUCGUUGCCGCAGCCCCGUUAGGCUCCGCGCUUCGGGGCCUCCUGGCCCCGGGAGGCUGCCUGUGGCUGCCCGCGCGCCCUUGUGGCUGUGGCUCCGCCGGCCUCCGCUUCUGCCCCGCGUAGCCCCUCCGCGGCCGCAGCCGGCUCGCGCCCGAGCUCACGGUCUCGGGCCGUCCUCGCCGCCGUCGCCUUCGCUGUGGUCGCCCCUCCUCUUCCCCGAGCCCGAGCGGGCCCAACAGAGGCGGAAGGCGGAGAAGCUGGAACGCGCGCGGAGCUGCCGGCGGCAGGUGCGGGAACGGGAGAAGCAGGCCUCGCACAGGACGGCUGCUCAGAGCGGCACGAGCCACCGCCAGGAGCUCCGCACGCAGCUGGAAGAACUCAGUAACACAAUCCGCUGUGGGAGAAAUGGAGGUAGAAAGUCUGAUGUAGAAGUACUCACAGAGAACCCUGCUCCUUGGUCAAUCUCAGAUUAUUAUUGUCAGACCUACUCUAAUGAUGUUAGUCUUCCAAAUAAAGUGGUGACUGAACUGUCAAAUCAGCAAGAUCAGGAUAUCAAAACUCCUUAUCUUAUGACAUGCACCCUGGCAGUGAUAGCUGUGUCAGAUGUGAACCAGGGCAAGUUAGAGCUCACCUUUUCCUUGAUAAGAAAGAUGAAUCAUUUGUUGGUACAACAUUAACUAAGAAGGAAAUGAGUUGGAAAGAAGAAAAGGAUUUUUAAAAUAUAUGAGUAAAAUAUGGGUUACAGAAUACAGACUAUGAAAAUAAGAUAUUGGAGAAUCUAAAAUAUAAAGAUAGAGCUGGAAA